AUGCUGGAAGAUGGAAAGUUUUACAGGCCAGCACGGAGGAGGCUCCAGCCCGACUUGGUGCACAGGAACAUCACCCAGCGAGAGCCUUUCAUGUACGGGACGCUCCUCUCCGACUGCCUGCCUCGCAAGAGGCCCACAGUCUUCAGGGAGAGGCCCCUCCAGGAAUGGCUCGUCUCGACUCUGGUGCACAGGAAGAGGCCACCGCUGCCGCGGGAGAGGCCGAUCUCCAGGUCCAUGGUAGCCGACUUCCUCCACAAGCGGCGAGAGCGCGAGAGACGGCCGCAAGAAGUCCACCACCACCCGGAGAAGGUAUUUGGAUCCAAAGGCUCGAGCUUGAGCAGGCGGUGCAAGUCGGCUCCUGGCCACCGCCGGAGGGAGCAAGCUCUGCUCGCCAGGCCGUCGGUCUCCGCCAGUGGAAGCCGAGAGGAGUUCUCGAUGAUCCGAGCUCUCAUCGACGAGGUGCUGCCCAAGGAGAGAGACAAGCCGACGAAGACGAGCACCACCACGGCGACGACGACUCCAUCGCCCAAGCAGCAAAGGUGGCGGAACUACUCCGCGGUGGCCAAGCUCAUGAAGAGCAACCUGGACGUUAAGGCAGUGAAAGCAGCAGCCAGGGACGAGAAAGAUGGUGAGGUGGUGGCGUCACCUCCGCGGCCAUGGCCCGUCCGACCGGCCAGCGCUCCCUUCAAGCUGUCCCCGCAGAACAUGAGCCCGGACGUCCUCGCGGAGACGCUGGCGACGAAGAAGAAGAACUUCCUGCGCAAGAGACCCGCCACCGCGCCGCCGCCCCGGCCGAUGUUCCACUUGCCACUGUCGAGGAUCCACCACCAUAACCCGCCAAAGGCUCCUCCGGCCAAGCCAGCCGAGUGUGCCGCCAGCCGGAAGCCCAGCGUUGGAUCCUCGAGCUCCGACGCUGCCAAGGACGUGCCGCGCUCCUGGUCCGCGAGCUCGUCGUCCGAGUCGCACGUAGCCGCGGCCACCACCACCGCCACCACGUCGCAGAGCUCCGCGGAGAAUGAGAAGAGUGGACGUAGAGUCCGGUUGCGGUCCCCCCGGCAUUUGAGGAACAAGGCCUUCGAGAGUGGUGAGGAUGAUUCUUCGUCGGCUUCUCCUUCGAGUUCUUCGAGCUCUUCUUCGACGACGUCGUCUUCGUCGCUCUCUUCCGAGAGUGGUUCCGAGAGCUCCGAGGAGUCGUCGCUGUCGUCCUUCAUUGAGCUGCCGACGCCGUCGACGCUGGAUCCCGACUCCAUCGACGAGUGGCUGAGGAAAAGGUCAUAG